AUGGAGCUGUGGAAUUCCACCUUGGGAAGUGGCUUCAUCUUGGUGGGGAUUCUGAAUGACAAUGGAGCUCCUAAACAGCUCUGUGCCACAAAUGCUGUCCUGUACAUGUUUGCCAUGACCAGCAAUGGCCUGCUGCUCUUGGUCAUUACAAUUGAUGGUUGGCUCCAUGUGCCCAUGUACUACCUGCUCAGCCAGCUAUCUCUCAUGGACUUGAUGUUUGCAUCUGUAGCUACUCCCAAAAUACUUGUGGAUUAUCUCCAUGGGGAAAACACCAUCUCCUUUGAAGGCUGCACCUUUCAGAUGUUAGUAGUUCUCACUUUGGGAGAUGCAGAGGACCUCCUACUGGCAUUCAUGGCCUAUGAUAGGUACGUGGCUAUUUGUCAUCCUCUGGACUACAUGGUCCUCAUGAGGCCAAGGAUUUGCUGGCUCAUGAUAACAUCUUGGAUCCUGGCAUUUCUGAAUGAUGUGAUAUACACCUCAUAUACUAUGCACGUUCCUUUCUGCAUAUCCCAGAAAAUCAGGCACCUGCUCUGUGAGAUCCCACCCUUGCUGAAGUUGGCCUGUGUAGAUACCUCCAUAUAUGAGCUCAUGGUAUAUGUGAUGGGUGUGACCUUUCUCAUGCUUACCCUUGCUGCUAUCCUUGCCUCUUAUACAUUUGUCCUAAUUGCUGUCCUUCACAGUGAGAAACAGCAGAAAGCCCUCAUCACAUGCUCUUCUCACCUGACUGUGGUAGGAAUGUACUAUGGAGCUGCCAUGUUUAUGUACAUCUGGUCCAAUUCCUACCAUAGUCCCCAACAGGACAUCUUCUCUGUAUUUCAUAUUAUCAUUACUCCAACACUGAACCCUCUUAUCUAUAGCCUGAGAAACAAGGAGGUAAUGAAAGCCUUCAGGAGAAUACUGGGUAAAAGGUACCUUUCC